AUGGAAGAAGCAAUUAAAAAAAAAGUACCUUUCAAAAUUGAUAUAGGUGCAAUUUUUUCGUUUCAUCGUCAUAGACAAGUUGCAUCAUCCCUAGUUCCAGUUGCCAGAGAAUUAGUAUUUGAUAUUGAUUUAACUGACUAUGAUGAUGUUAGAAAUUGUUGUCAGGGUGCAGAUAUUUGCCUUAAAUGUUGGAAAUUUAUGGCAAUAGCUUGUAAAAUAAUCGAUUUAGCUCUAAGAGAGGAUUUUGGUUUUCAAAAUCUACUUUGGGUAUUCUCUGGAAGAAGAGGAAUUCAUUGUUGGGUUUGUGAUGUAUCAGCAAAAAUACUUUCAAGUCAAGAAAGAAGUGCAGUGGCAGAUUAUUUACAAUUAAUUUCUGGAAGUAGUAAUUGUGCGAAAAAAGUUAAUUUACCCAUAUCCGAUAAAUUACAUCCAUCUAUAAGGAGAGCCUCUAACAUAAUCAGAAACAAAUUUUUCGAAGUUUGCAUCGAAGGUCAAAAUUUACUAGAAAAACCUGAAUCCUUAAAAAAAUUAUUAUCACUAAUAUGGGAUGAAAAGUUGAAAAAUAGGAUAUCUAAAAAAAUAAACAGUUUGACAGAUAUUAAAGAAAAAUGGAAUGCCAUUGUUCAGGAAUUAACUGACACUAGUGUAAGCUUAUUUUAUUUUGACCAUUAUUUUUUAAACAUUAAUUUACAAUAUUUUUAA